AUGACGGACGACCCUGCAACUAUGCCGGGCCUGUUUCAGCUGCCGGAGCUGGACAUGCUCCUUGCAGACCAGCCUGGUAGCCAGCCGCUGGACCCCGAAGCGGUGGCACAGUGGCUGGGCGCCACGGCGGCGGCUGACGUAACCCCGCUGCCGCCGCUUGUCCACACUUCCAGCGGCGGCAGCAACGGCACAGGCACCACCGCGUCGUUAUCCAAGGAUGAGGAGAAGCAAGAAAAGGCACGGGCAGCUAACCGAGCUAAGCAGGCACGGCACCGCGCCAGGCAGAAGGAGCGCAAGGAGCAGCUGGAGGCUCAGUACGAGGCCACUGCGGCAGACCUGGAGCGCGAGCAGCAGCUGAACGCCAGCAUGAAGGUGUCAUGUGCCACGCUGGAGGCUGUGAAGGAGCAGAAGGAUGUUGUGGUGCAGGUGCUGCAGGCGGCGGCCGGCACCGACCAGCCUGCACAGGGGCAGCAGCAGCAGCAGCAGCAGCUUGAGCGUGCCGGUACCAGCGGCAUCCUGGCGGAGCAGAUAUGGGCGCUGCCAUUCCGGGAGCGGGUGGACGUUUUGAAGAAGCAGCUUGCCCAGCAGAUGGCAACGCACCACCCAGAUUUGCUGGCGGCUGCUCUCUCGAUGUCGCCAGAGCUGCUGCUGCAGGAGUGGGGGCAGCUGGGCGAGCUGGCGGCUGAGGUGGUGCAGCUGUAUGAUGAUGGCGAGCUGACAGAGGCGGAGGUGGAGGAGAGGAUGUCGCCUGCCGUCACUUACUUUGUGAGCGCCAUCCUGGGCGCGGUGCUCCUCAACCACAAGCCCGACGUGCUGCUGCACCUCUUCCAGAACACAACGCUGCCCGGAGAGACAAAGGAGCAGACGGUUGGCAUGGGUGUUUCCAGGGAGCAGACGCAGCUCCUCUUGCCCGCCUACCGCACCUACUGCGACCGGAUGCAGCAGCUGGGCGCCGACACAGCCGCCUCCCUCGCAGCGCUGCGAGAGCUGCAGCAGAACCUCAAUGCACAGGUACUCGAGUCUGGACUUAGCGCGGGAGUGCAGCAGUACCUGCGCGUGUUUGAGGCUGCCGGCCAGCUGAGCCACCAGCCCAAUGCCGCCCUGCUGAUCACAAUGGAGUUCAUGAGCACGUCAGGCGCCCACGUGACCCCCCUGCAGAAGUCCAAAAUGAUAGCGCAGUGCCGCCCCCUGCACCCCGACGUGGCCUGCGUUGUGCGUGGGGGGCUGGAGCAUUUCGGCCUGCUGCGUGCCGGAGGUGGCGGGGAUCCUGCCACCGGCAGCUGCGGCGGGAUGGAUACGGCAGCAGGCGAUGCAGUGACGGCCAGCUGGCUGUCCCUCGUCGGCCGGCGGCAGCCGCUGUAA